AGGGUCCUGCUGAGGAUGAAGGCCUUUCUGGUUGUUCUGGUGGUUGUAUCUGCAUGUGUACAGCCUGCCAGGUCCCUGCAAUGCUACACCUGCAGAGCACCGACGGAUAUUCGUAGAUGCACCAGGAUUGCCACUUGCAGACCGAAUGAGAAUGCGUGCAGGACAACAGAGCUGUCCGUGGACUCAGGUUAUCCAUUUUUUGGGAACAUCACCAUUACCAGAGGCUGUUCUUCAAGGUGCGUGCCAUCCUCUCCCUGGGGAAUUGGAGAAAAGCACCCCGUUUCCUGCUGCUACACUGACCUCUGCAACUCCAACCCUAAUGGGGUUGUGGGGCUGAAAGCCAACCACGCCACGCUGGGGAUUACAGCUGCUGUCCUCUGCAUCCUCGUCAAGGCCUCCCUGUAAUGCGGUCUCCCAGUGCUCAGACAGGAACCUGCCGGACUGAGCAGCUCCGGCGCGUGGAAUAUUUAGGCACCCGUGGGAAUAAGCUGCUUUUGUUAACCACGGUUUGAUCUGUGGCACUGAACCUGAAAGGACCUGGGAGGACCCAGAUGCUGAACCCUGCAGCAAUAUUUUGCUAGGCCGGACACGGGUGGGCUGCAUCCUACCACUUCGGCCCUGCAGGUAUGGGAGCUCAGGGAGGGCCAGGCUAUCUGGGGGUGUGGGGGAGGAGGGUUGUUCUCUCUGCUGCUCUGCUUUGGGGCUGUAGCA